AUGAUAAGGAGACUAAUUAACUUCUUUUGCAAAAAAUCUGAUAAAAGUAAUCAAAUAAAUACAGAAAAAGACUGCAAAAAGCAAGAAGAUGAAGAAUACAUACCGACAUAAUUUGAGAUGUGGAGAUUUUAUAGGAAAUUUUUAAAAUUUGAUUACAAACAGAUAAUAUUCAAGAAUAUUUCUACUUUAUUAUCUACAAUAGCUUAUGCAAAAUAACCAUUUCUUUUAGUCAGGAUAAAAAAUGCUUUAAUAUAAAAUGAUUUUGUUGAUCUUCAGUCAGCGUUUAUAGGUUAUUUACUUUGCAUUUUAUUAAGACAGAUAUUAAAUUUUGUAGAGUCUUAGAUUUCACAAAACUCAUUUAAAAAGAUGAAACAAGAUACUAUUAAAUAGAUUUUAAAUCAUUUAUUUAGUUUAGACAUGUAGUAUUUCGAAGAAAACAAAGUGACUUAAAUAUCUGCUAUUAUCAAAUAAGGAGCUAGUUAAAUAUGUUCUGAGUUGAGGUAUAGUAAAAUAUUUGAUAAAAUUGAUAGCUACAUAUACUACUUAGGCUAAAUUUACUUUGUUUACACUGUUAGUCCAUUAAUUUUAGUUUCAAUGUUUAUCUUUAGCUUUACAAGUAAUUUGUUGAUGGCUUACUUUAAAAUAAAAUCAAGCCAAAUCAAGAAGUAAGAGUCAGAGGAGAGUGAAUUUAAAGAUUUUGCUCUUGAUGAUAUUUUAAAUAAUAUGCUAGUUAUUAAAACCUUUGGAACUGAAAAAAGGGAAGUAGAAAACCUAAGUAAAAUAAUUAAAUAAAAUAAAAUAAAUGCCUAGAGAAGGUAAAAAUAUGAUAAAAUAACAGAUAUAAUAGAUAAUAGUGCUUAUGAAAUAGCUAAGAUAGUUAUUAUUUUGUAAAUAUUCUUUUGGAGUGGGUUAAAAGAAAACUAGGCUAUAUUUGCUAACACUCUUUCAGAAAUAAUUGGAUAUUCUUAUUGCACAUUUUUAAUAACUAAUGAUAUCUUAAAACUUUUUCAAUCUCAGCCAGCAGAUUAUUAUGAAAGUAGGAAAAAAUACAUAGGAAAAGUAAUGAAACUCUUUGAAACAGUUCCUAAAAUAAAACAAGACUAUGAAAACAAUAAAAACGACACUAAUUUAUUUGAAGGAAAUAUCGCAUUUGAUAAUGUUUCUUUUUCUUAUCCAGUUUCAAAAGAUCACUUAGCUCAAAUGAACUAGUAAAGGCGUUUAGAGGAAAAAGAGAAGAAAUAGCAAUUAAAUAGUAAUGAAAACUCAUAAUUAUAAGUCUAAGAGUAAACAGUACAAGAAAUAGCUGAAGAAAAUAUUAAUCCCACAGGGAAUGAACUUAACAAACAAGAAGAAGAAGAAGAAAAUAUGAUAAAUAAGCAACCAAAUAAAUAAAUUGAUUAAGUUGUGAUAAAAAAUAUGUCUUUUUAAAUUAAAAAAGGCUAAUUUGUAGCUUUCGUAGGUACAAGCGGAAGUGGUAAAUCAACAAUAAUAAAACUUAUUUAAAGAUUUUAUGAUGUGAAUUCUGGAUCUAUUCUACUUGAUGGAUAAAACAUAAAAGAUGUUUCUUUACAUAAACUAAGAAGAAGUAUAGGCUUAGUCAGUUAAGAACCUUCUCUUUUCGAUAAUGAUAUAGAAUACAAUAUAACAUAUGGAUGUGAAAAUAAUAAAUAUACGUAAGAAGAGUUAAAGUACAUUUGUGAUAUCUCAGGAGUUAGUGAGUUUGUUUUUGAUGAAAAGAGAUUCCCUGAAGGAUUGAAAACUUUAGUUGGAUCUAAAGGUACUAAACUGAGUGGUGGAUAGAAGUAGAGAAUAGCAAUUGCUAGGGCUCUAAUAAAAAAGCCAAAAAUAUUAAUUUUAGACGAAGCAACAAGCUCACUCGAUGCAGAGAGUGAGAACACAGUCUAAUAAUACAUAGAUUAGCUAGUAGGAUAUAGAGGUAUGACUAUAGUAGUUGUUGCUCAUAGGUUGAGCACAAUUGUCAAAAGUGAUAACAUAUUUGUAAUGGAGAAAGGUGUAUUAAGAGAGCAAGGAACUCAUGAAUAAUUGCUUUCUUUAAAUGGAAUAUAUUCAAAGCUUGUUCAUCAUUAGCUCAAUUUUUAAUAAUAAGAAAAUUGA